CCUCAGCAGAAAGGAAGCUGCAAGGCUGGUUUACGGGGUAGACCCAGGCAUGCCGGGGAAAGGCAUAAACAGGGGAGGCAGCGACUGUCCUUGGUCCAAGCUUAAGCUGUGCGUCAUUGAAGAGCGUCUCUGCUCCUGCAAACCAGCAGAGGGAGUGGGGUCAGUGGGAUUCAGCUCUGUGGUGCAAGAACACAAGACCAAGAGGAAGGGGCUCACGCAAAGCCCCCUUGCAGGAGCCGGGAUAGGAAAAGACUUCCAAGAGCACCAGGUCAUGCCCUGCCUGUGCGCCAGCCACCCUAAAGCCCCUCCCAGACAGACAGACUCAGGUUCCAUGUCUGCCCAAGGAACAUGGCCAGCAGCUUACUCACAAAUGGAAUCUGUUCCUGCCUCUCAAAACUUCUACAGACCAGCCUUCUUCCUGAUAUCUAACCCAAAUCCUUAGGCUGAGAUUUGAAUCAACUGUCAUCUUGUCUUCAGUAGGUGUGAGAAAAUCAGCCUCUUCAUAUGUUAGAAAGAAAUUUUGGCCCACAACCCUGGGCUGACCUUCUCAAGUGACGGCCUGUUUCCAGCUUCACUUCACUGUCGCUGUAGGCAGACCCGUGGGAAGGAAUUGGCCCACUUCAUGCCCCUGUGAUCUCUCUACUCACACGGUUCCAGGUGCCAGCCGGGACUGGGCUCAUGUCCCCCCGCCCUCCACACCCCUUCUUUCACUGCUACAAGAUACUUAAAGAAGCAUCUUUGUCUCUAGAAACCCAAAUCUGCAAAAACCACCAUCAGCUGUAAAGCACUCAGCCAAGGGAACUCAGGCAUUAAAAGGAAGUGGUGAGCAUCUGCAUCGGCUGGGGAACAAAACCUCAAGUUCUCACACACAGUGGAUUUGGACAAGGUGAGAAGCGAGAAGAGCCCCAGCCUCUGAAGGGAUUCUCGGACCUGGUCCAGGGACACAGUUUCCUGGGAAGGGGAGUACCUGUGAAAUCAAGAAAAGCUUGAUUAGAAGAUGAAGAAGAGCUGAAUAAUAGCACCCCCAGAGGUGCCUGGGAGCAGCUCAUCGAUCUACACACGAGCCACAGAACAUCAAUGUCCUCAGGCCUGUAUGCUAUGGCUGGCGAUUCUAGGAAUGCUAUGAACCAGGAUAUGGAGAUUGGAGUCACUCCCAGGGACCCGAAGAAGAUUCCCAAACAGGCCCGCGAUUACAUCCCCAUUGCCACAGACCGCACUCGCCUGCUGGCAGAAGGCAAGAAGCCCCGCCAGCGCUACAUGGAGAAGAGUGGCAAGUGCAAUGUCCACCAUGGCAACGUCCAAGAGACCUAUCGGUACCUGAGUGACCUCUUCACUACCCUGGUGGACCUCAAGUGGCGCUUCAACCUGCUUGUCUUCACUAUGGUCUACACCAUCACUUGGCUGUUCUUUGGUUUCAUUUGGUGGCUCAUUGCUUAUAUCCGGGGCGAUCUGGACCAUGUUGGUGAUCAAGAGUGGAUUCCUUGUGUUGAAAACCUUAGUGGCUUUGUGUCUGCCUUCCUGUUCUCCAUUGAGACUGAAACUACCAUCGGGUAUGGCUUUCGAGUGAUCACAGAGAAGUGUCCCGAGGGCAUCAUACUCCUCUUGGUCCAGGCCAUCCUCGGCUCCAUUGUCAAUGCCUUCAUGGUGGGGUGCAUGUUUGUCAAGAUCAGUCAGCCAAAGAAGAGAGCGGAGACCCUCAUGUUUUCCAACAACGCGGUCAUCUCCAUGCGGGAUGAGAAGCUCUGCCUCAUGUUCCGGGUGGGUGACCUUCGCAAUUCCCACAUUGUGGAGGCCUCUAUCCGCGCCAAGCUCAUCAAGUCCCGGCAGACCAAAGAAGGGGAGUUCAUCCCCUUGAACCAGACUGACAUUAAUGUGGGUUUCGACACUGGAGAUGAUCGUCUCUUCCUGGUAUCGCCACUCAUCAUCUCCCACGAGAUCAACGAGAAGAGCCCCUUCUGGGAGAUGUCUCGGGCCCAGUUGGACCAGGAGGAGUUUGAAGUCGUGGUCAUUCUAGAAGGGAUGGUGGAGGCAACAGGCAUGACUUGCCAAGCACGGAGCUCCUACAUGGACACAGAGGUGCUCUGGGGCCACCGGUUCACGCCCGUCCUCACCUUGGAAAAGGGCUUCUAUGAGGUGGACUACAACACCUUUCAUGACACCUACGAGACCUACACGCCCAGCUGCUGUGCCAAGGAGCUGGCAGAAAUGAAGCGGGAAGGCCGGCUCCUCCAGUACCUCCCCAGCUCCCCACUGCCAGGGGGCUGUGCUAAAGCAGAGCUGGCUGCAGAGGCUGAGCAGGAUGGAGAAGAUGAGUCAGAGGGGCUGAAAGGGUCCCGGGAGAUCAGGGGCUCCGUGUGAGGCUGCACUCUCCCCACAGCCUCCCCUCAUUGUCUUCUACACGUAUGGAUGCUGUCGAGCUGGGGGUGGAGGGGAGAAUUAGCUGAGGGGCUGUUGGGGGACCCAGGAGCUGUCAAGGCUCUGUGGGGAAAGACUACAUCCAGUCCUGGAGCCUCCCAGCUCAGGGCCUCCCGAGCAAGCAGCCUCUUGCCUGGGCCCAUGGUGAUGCUGCCUCUUCCCUCCCAGCCCCUGCCAGCACCGGCCCAGGGCCAGGCCAGAAGGGGUUGCCCCACGGUGAGAGUUACAGGGGGGCCUCUGUUCGCACACACUCCUCUCUCUGCCAACUGGCCCGGGAUCACUUCCCUCCUUGGGUCUCACAGACCAACUGGUAGCCCCAUCCAGGGGGCUGACACUGAGGGAGGGCUGUUGCCCCCUUCCCUUCAUUCCUGCCACCCUGAGGCUUGUUGUGAACUCAAGGAGGAGGGAUUCUGCCCUUCUGGAAGCUCAAGAACCCGGUCCUAGGGUGAGCUCACAGACCUCAUGACUUAAGGUUGAUUCGAGUCAUGUAGGCAAUUCUUUCAAAUCUGAGACCAGUGCCCACUCCUUGAGAGCUUCAGAGGACAGGCCCUCAACCAUCUUGAUCAUUCUCUGUGAAGAGUGUGUGUUUUCCCUUUGCUGUGUUCCUCAUAUCAAAUGUGACCUGCUGGCUAAUUGACAUCCUUAGAUCUUAGAAGGUGGCCUGGGGCCACAGAGCACCUCUGAGCACCUGUCUGGUUGUCUCAGUCACUUCCUGGCCACUCCCAAUCACACUGUGCCCUGCACCUCCUGCCAAGAAGAGCACUCCAGCUCGUGCUUUGCUGGUACUUUUGGCCCAAGAAUCUCAAAGUCAUUCUAACCUUCACUGUGGUUUUUCUUUCACAUCCUCGGAGAGCCUGUGGUGCGAUCCAGGGAGAAAGCUGAAUGUCAGAGGGCAUGAUGAGCUGGUCGGUGCUGAAACAGGGAGGGCAGAGGGCAGAAGAGCAGAGGGGAAGACAAGCAACCCAAAUUUUGAAAUAAGUAUCAGCACCAAUUUUUGCCAAGAUGUCUGACUUCAGGGCUCAGCACGUCUUUGUUAUCUGGCAAAUUAUGGGAUGUGAAGCAAAGUGAGAAGUGACUGCAGAGGCAGCUUCCCUUUCAAGUCCAGGCUGGACCAGAAGCGCUGGGCCCCCAGCCUGGCCGGCAGGGGUCUAACCAGGCGGCUGGGCUAGAGAGCAGGGAUGCUGCCCUGGAAGGGAGGAGAA